AAGAACAAUGAGCCAAAUUUCAGAGUUAAUGCCAAAACGUCGCCGUGUGGGUCUGUUGACGAGACGGAGUCGCCGGCAAAGGAUUUGAUACAAAAAGCUUCUUCCUUCUACGACCCUUUCAUUUCAUUCCACUUUUUUGUUUUCAUCUUCUUCUUCUACCUUCAAAUCUCACCCUAAUUUCCUCUUCCCAAUUCUUCUCCGUUGGUAGAUCACACUCGCAUCUUGUUCGCGUUCUCACUCAGGUCAUUUUCCCCCCUUUCCAGUUGAAUUCGCAAUUUUUAGACGGCUGCGAAUUCGGAGAAUAUGUCGUCUUGGUCUAUUUCGCAGCUUCAUGGGGAGGCUGAUUCUGUCCAUGUAGCAGUGUGUUCUCUUUGCCAAAAGGUCCUAUCGCCUGAUAAUGAGAUGACCGGUGAUCUUGCGAACCGUGGUGUAUGUGGCGAUUGUAAAUUUUUGUUGCUUGAAGAUGUUGGGAAUCUUACGGUUGCUCAAAGCUCUCAGAGGAGGGUUAGAGGGAGGUUUAGACAUGACAGUUCUGAAUCUGUUGAGAACAUUUCAUCACAACAGCUCCCCUAUAUGGUUAAUACUAUGAGGCAAAAUCAAUCAACUGCGUCUUCAGAUGAUGAUCAAUUUGUAGAUGGUGACGCCCCAGCUUGGUCGUUGCAGUAUGGUAGUACACAUACUACCCCUAGUGGGUCUAGCCGUUGGAGGCAGUUUCUCUCUGAUAGUGACAGUGAAGGUUUUGAUAAUUGGAGUUCUGUAUAUAGGGCUCCCCAUGGCGAGACUGAUUCUUUCUCUUUCAGUGCUUAUGGAGGUGAAUCAGAUAUCUCUGUGGAUAGACAUAGUUUUGUAGGCACUGGAAUUCUUGAUUUACCAGAUGAGGGAAAUCAGUUUGAUAGUGACUCUGACAUAGAUCCAAUGCAUGCUGGUCUCAGUCAAUGGAUCUCGGAUGAUAUGGAAGACAAUGAGGAAGAAGAGGAUGAAGAUGGAGAGGAGGUUGAGGAUGAGGAGGAGGAGGAUGAAGAUAGGGAAUGGGGACUAGCUGAGGAUGAUGAAGCUGAAGUCACAGCUCGCCUUCAAAUUUUCUUAACAUCAGAUUCAAGUGAGAGCAGGAGCAACACUAACUGGGAACAGAGGUUUAAUUCUACUGAAUCUGUGGGAAUUUUUACCCAGGUUAUCAGGGAUACCUGGCAAGCUUUGGAGGAUGCUCAUUUACCUCAUGGUGCAAACUUUGGGGAUUAUCUUGAUACAAGACGCUUCGAAGAUCUGCUUGAGCAUCUUGCUGAAAAUGACAGCUCAAGACGAGGAGCACCUCCUGCUGCUGUGUCUUUCGUGAACAAUCUGCCCCGUAUAGUAAUUGGCAAGGAACAUGAGAAGCAUGGUGAACUAGUUUGUGCCAUUUGCAAGGAUGUUUUGGCCCCUGGCACUGAAGUAAAUCAGCUUCCUUGCUCUCACCUUUAUCACCCCUCUUGCAUUUUGCCAUGGUUGAGUGCACGAAAUUCAUGCCCUCUUUGUCGAUAUGAGCUUCCAACUGAUGAUAAGGAUUAUGAGGAGGGAAAGCAGAACAGUGAUGCUGGAAAUGUGAUCCAUGUAACGCAGCUUGAUGAUGAUGUGAUGGAUGAUAGUUCCUCCGAUGUUUCUGUUGUACUUGAAGUGAGUGAAGAGUAUGGUAAUACUCUACAACAGAGAGAAGUUGUGAGUGUGAGUUCUUCCAAUAAUUCUGCUAUAAGAGGUGGUAGAGGAAGAUGGCUUUUCCUUGCUGCAGCUCCAAUUGUUAGUCUAGUUGGCAUGGUUCUUGUCAUGUGGUUAGGUAGCAAUUCACAUAUUGAAGUGAGUAGACACUUAUCUGGGCAAAAUCAGCAUGCGGUUCAUGUUCAUGCCUCCCCAAACCAGAGGGAGAGUAGAAGCAAAAGAUGGUGGUGGCCUUUCUAAGUACUUUCCAGUUCAUCAAUAAUGCCUUGUGGUAGCCAUUUGGGAUGAAAUUUUUAGCUGACAGUGUAUUCUUGGCGUGCCUUGUGUUUGUUUUCACUAACUUCCAGAGUCAUGUAUAUAUCCAAGUUUGUAAUACCCUAUAACGUGUUCUUUUUCCCCCACGUAGUUUUCUUUUCUUUCCUUCCCUUUUCUUUUCCCUGUUUAUGCUUCAAAGACCUAAUUCCUGUAUAUUUGAUGUUCCAUCAUUGAUGUUUUGCUGUGUUUUGACUGAAUUCAUUUCAGGUGUACCAAAGUUGGGGAACACCAUAACCGCCAAUAGUAUUAUAAGCUUAUUUUAAUGUGCAUUUUCCAAACC